AUGGCACAGCAACAGUUCACGGAGACCAGUAUGCUGGUCGAUUUGGAUUCCUUAGCUUUUGCAGGCAUUAAGCUACCAACGAACUUUGCUCAGCAUUCAGCAGACAAAAUCAAUAGUAGCUACGAACGCGCGGUGAGUGAUUUACCACGUUAUCUAUUGGAUGCAGUUUGCAUCGGAGCCUACAAAGAUGCGAAUCCUGGAGGCGUCCCCCCUCUCUUCCCUCGCCCUCAAAUGCCUAACACGGCACAAGGGGCAGAAGGCGGUGCGAAGAUUUCUGCGGUCUUGUACGACCGCAUUGUCUUCCUCGGUCAACUAAUCCAAGAAGUUCGUCUCAUCUCAGAGAAUGUUCACAAUGCUCUGGGCGGCUUGGACUUGAACGAGUUUGACUUGGAGGAGCUUGUGGGACUUGACCUCGAGCAGCCCACCGAUUUCAUGACCCCGUUGGCAGCAUAUUUCCUUCGAUCACUUAUUCGUCUUCGUAUGGCCCAUACUGACUUUCAACGCGUGGCACAGGACUUUGAAAGCGUUCUCGAGAUAAUCGCUGAGGUUUACGAGGGCUGCAUAGAUCCAGACAAGCCAAUGGCUCACAUAGACAUCGUCGAACUUGAAACCCAGCUAAGAGCAUGGGAGUCUGCCUUUUCCGAAAUCAACAUCGCGUGGUUCGGACUCUGGAAUGAUAGCAAUAGCACAGUCCUAUUCUGGGACCAGCGUCGGCGCCUGGAGUACAAGAAGUCGCAUAGCGGGUAG